UCAAAAAGUAGCAUAAAAAGAAAAAUUAUCCAUAAAAUAAUCCAGUGACAGAUUUAGUACAGACUGAAUAGGUAUUAAUCAUGAUUCGAAAUACUUUAUGUCUAUUUGUUUGCGUAGCGGUAAUGAGUGUUAUCGUGUCAGCAAAACCUAAUUGGAAACCACCAUGUCCCUGUGGUAAACCAACUCCAGGGCCAACUCCAGGACCAACACCAGGUCCAACUCCUGGACCAUCACCAUGUCCAACUGAUGGUCCAACUGAAGGUCCAACUGAUGGACCGACUGAUGGACCAACUGAAGGUCCAACUGAUGGUCCAACUGAUGGACCAACUGAUGGUCCAACUGAUGGACCAACUGAUGGACCGACUGAUGGUCCAACUGAUGGUCCAACUGAUGGUCCAACUGAUGGACCGACUGAAGGUCCAACUGAAAAACCAACUGGAAAACCAACUCCAGGACCAACUCCAAGACCAACACCUAAACCACCAUGUUCUGUCUGUCAUCAUAAACAUGGACAUGGGUUACAUGGACAAGCUUCAGCUGGUAUUGGUGCAUCUGUAAAAGGUGGAAUAACUCAUGGUAUUAAACAUGGUCUAGCUAUGGGUGCAAGCGCUAAACAAAAUGCACAAGUUGGAUUUAAUAUUUGAUUCGCAAAAUCGAAUAAUUUAAAUUAUAAUCUGUAUGAUGAUAGAAAAAAAUGAAUAAAAAUAUUUUACUUUUA